GACGCGCCAGUCAGAGCAGCGACGCCGCCCGCAUCGGCCGCGAGACCGGCGCCGCUCGCGACAUAUACGAAAAUCGAUGCACGAUCCGUAACCGGCAUUUAACAUUAAUUAACUACCUAGCCUAAGCGCUCUUACCAUAAUUCACGGUUUGAUCUUACGGAGCGCAAAUUGAUCGUGACCAUCGCAGCGCGCGCUAAGUUGCCCGUCACUUGUGUAUCUGUGCAGUUUCAUUGUGAACGUAACUGAAGUGCAGUGGGUUGAUAGUGAUGUGAGGAUGCUUGUGCGUGGCCAUGUCAGUGGCGAAGAAAGACAAGCCGACCAUGUCGGUGACGGCACUUAUCAACUGGGCACGACCCUUGCCGCCGGGCCAGCAGCAGCAGCAGCCGAUGACGCCUACAUCGCCCGGAAGCAUGCUUCAACCGAUGGCUGCACCGUCUAACAUACCGACCGUUGACUGUUCGCUGGAUAUCCAAUGGCUGAACUUAGAGAGCGGUUUUAUGUCGCCGAUGUCACCGCCGGAGAUGAAGCCAGACACGGCGAUGCUAGACGGCUUGCGAGACGACUCCACCCCGCCCCCUGCAUUCAAGAACUACCCCCCUAAUCAUCCCUUAAGUGGUUCCAAGCACCUCUGCUCUAUAUGUGGAGACAGAGCGUCGGGAAAACAUUAUGGAGUAUACAGUUGUGAGGGUUGCAAAGGGUUUUUCAAGAGGACGGUAAGAAAAGAUCUGACGUACGCGUGUCGUGAGGAGCGUAACUGUAUUAUAGACAAACGGCAGAGGAAUAGAUGCCAGUACUGCAGGUAUCAGAAAUGUCUUGCGUGCGGGAUGAAGAGGGAGGCAGUUCAGGAGGAGCGGCAAAGGGCUGCCAGAGGUACGGAGGAUGCACAUCCAAGCAGCUCAGUGCAGGUACAGGAGUUGUCAAUCGAGCGACUGUUGGAGAUGGAGUCCCUGGUGGCCGAUCCCUCGGAAGAGUAUCAGUUCCUUCGCGUCGGACCAGACAGCAACGUGCCACCAAAGUUCCGCGCCCCUGUCUCAAGCCUUUGUCAGAUAGGCAACAAACAGAUAGCGGCGCUGGUGGUGUGGGCACGCGACAUCCCGCAUUUCAGUUCCCUCGAGCUCGAAGACCAGACGCUGCUCAUAAAGAGUUCCUGGAACGAACUGCUACUCUUCGCUAUUGCAUGGCGGUCUAUGGAGUAUUUGACGGAGGAGCGUGAAGUAGUUGACAGCUCCGGAAACAGGACUACAUCGCCACCACAACUCAUGUGCCUCAUGCCUGGUAUGACCCUUCACCGUAACUCGGCACUCCAAGCAGGCGUGGGCCAGAUAUUCGACCGUGUGCUAUCGGAGUUGUCCCUCAAAAUGCGUGCUCUGCGCGUCGACCAGGCUGAGUAUGUUGCGCUCAAAGCCAUCAUACUUCUCAAUCCUGAUGUGAAAGGACUUAAAAACAGAGCAGAAGUUGAAAUAUUACGAGAAAAGAUGUUCUCGUGCCUGGACGAGUACGUGCGCCGGUCGCGCGGCGGCGAGGAGGGCAGGUUCGCGGCGCUACUGCUGCGGCUGCCGGCGCUGCGCUCCAUCUCGCUGAAGAGCUUCGAGCACCUGUUCUUCUUCCACCUCGUCGCAGACACCAGCAUCGCCACCUACAUCCGCGAGGCUCUGCGCAGCCACGCGCCGCCCAUCGACACGAACCUCAUGUAACCGCGUAUACUUCUCGUGUCUAUUUCAUUCGAUUGUAUCAAUAUAAGCGCGACCGAAGGUUCGAGGUCAAAGCACUGGUUUCGGCCAUCUAAUUAGGGUUCGUUUUAUUCAAAGUUAGCUUUAGCGGACGUCGAGCGGGCGUGGCGAAGUGGUUAACAACGUUUCGAGGUCUUAGAUUCAUAAUCUUGAUACCUCGGUGUUAGUGCGUGUGACCGCUACACGACCUCUACUUUGAACAAGUUUAUAAACGGUUCUGAACAAAAUUGUUGCUAUAAUUAUAGGAAAUACUUUAUUAUAAACUUAAGGGAAAAUCUCAUAAAUUGAUAAAAAUAAACAGAAGGCCUUUGUUUUUAUUAAAGAGCACUAAAGGCUGUGUUUGACAAAUGCUAUACAAAG